UAGCGUCGCAAAAAUACGUGGCAGAAAGCUUUCGACAUGGAGGUAGCCGCACUGAUCGCCUUGACUUUGUUACUGGGAGCGCUGGUUAUUCUUGUAGCGUUGGCGGUGGGCAGACGGAAAGAAGAGAUAAGAGAGGAGACGGAGCAGGCGGCGGAGUUUGCCGCUGAAAGCAGUGCUGCAAAGGGCCCUGCGUCCAAGAAACAGAAGCAGGAGAAACAGCGCAGUCGCAAAGACAAACCGUCACAGCACACUUUCAGCCAUCCACUGUUGGCAUCCUCACUGAAGGGCCACAGUGGAAACGUGACGUGCCUUGAUUUCAGCAGUAACGGGAAGUACCUGGCAUCCUGCGCUGACGACCGCACCGUCCGGAUCUGGAGCACCAAAGACUUCCUGGACCGGGAGCACAAGUGUCUGAGAGCCAAUGUAGAGCUGGAUCACGCUACGCUCGUCAGCUUCAGCCCCGACUCCAGGGCAUUUAUCACCUGGUUGGCCAAUGGAGACGCCAUUCGAAUCUUCAAAAUGAUCAAGAAGGAUGACGGCACUUUAAGCUUCAAAGCCGCUGCUGAGGAUUUUCCACAGAAACACAAGGCCCCCAUCCUCAACAUCGGCAUUGCAGAGACGGGCAAGUUCAUCAUGAGCGCCUCCACUGACACCAGCAUCCACAUCUGGGACCUGAAAGGAGACAUACUGGCCUCCAUCAACACUAAUCAGAUGACCAAUUCCUAUGCUGCCAUCUCCCCAUGUGGCAGGUUUGUAGCUUCCUGCGGUUUCACUCCUGAUGUGAAGGUCUGGGAGGUUUGCUUCGGGAAAGGAGGAGAGUUCAGGGAGGUGGCCCGAGCCUUCGACCUGAAGGGCCACUCUGCAGGAGUUCACGCAUUCGCCUUCUCUAAUGACUCUCACAGAAUGGUGACUGUCUCCAAAGACGGUACGUGGAAGCUGUGGAACACCGAUGUUGAGUACAAAAAGCAGCAGGAUCCCUACCUCCUGAAGACCGUUCCUUGUGCCUCGUCAGACGGCAGCCGGGUGGCCUUAUCUCCAGACGGUCGCGUGGUGGCCGUCAGUGAUGGCUGUAACGUUGCGAUGUACGACGCUGCCAGUGGCAAGCUGGAGGAGGAGCUGCAUGGCGUCCACAGUGUGGAGAUCACUGACCUUAGAUUUGACAUUAAUGGGCGCUUCUUGGUGUGCAGCGGCGACAAGGCUAUCCGAGUGUUUCACAAUGCGCCGGGCUACCGGGCGGCCAUCAGGGACAUGCAGGACAUGUUGAAGAAGGCCCAGAACGAGGCCAUGAAGCAGAGACUGCAGCAGCAGAUAAAAGAGGCUCAGAGCGCCCUGGACACUGUGCUUGCUGCUCCUGUUGACUGAAAGAACCUCAAGGAAUCGUGCCCUGACUGUGAUUGUGUUUGACUCUGACUGCUGAGCUCUUUUGUGAUGUCAACUCUCCUUCUGCCACUAAGUGAUCUGGCUGAGGAAUGAUGAAAUUUGCAUGCAGUUUUAAUAAAGAAUAUGUUUUUAUGGAAAGAUGAAA